AUGACAGCCUCGGACCUUCACAUGUUAAUGCAGCGCAUGUCGGAAGCCACACAGGCAGCGAGUGCAGCAGCCCAGGCGGCUGCAACAGCAUCUUCUUCUGCAGGUAUGGUCGGGGCCAGACCUUUUGGGCUGGGCGACCUUUCGAAAAUCAUUCCGAAGCCGGAGAGCUUCAAGCCUGCUUCUCGAGAAGAGGAGUACUCUUUGUGGCCAGCAUGGAGUUGGUCAAUGGAGCAAUACCUCGCAUGCCUUGACCCAGAGUUUUCGCGUGAGCUUCUUCGUUAUACAAAGCAGAGUGAACCUGUGCGUCUUGAGGAUAUGUCUGAUCAAACAAAGGCCAGAGCGAGACUGCUAUACGGUGUGCUGAACGGAUUGCUCUAUGAUCGAGGCCGCCGCCUCCUCAGAUCCGUUGUCGGUCAAAACGGGUAUGAAUCCUGGAGAUUGCUUUCCCGAGACCUUAUGCCUCAGUCUCGCAACAGAGUUCUUGCUUUGCUGCGUACAAUUUCAGCAUGGCCCGCAUUCGAUGCCAAGCAGGGCCUAUCUCAGCAGCUGGUUCGACUGGAGACUGCUUUCGAGGAGUAUGAACGAUAG